UGGCCUGAAUCUAUAUAUUACGUAGCCUUACAUAAAGUACUAACCGUAAGGUCAGUAUUUUAUCUUUUACUUCACAGACUUCGCGCGGACAGAGAGGCAAGGACACUCACUUGCACGGUUUAAUGUGACAGGGACGGGUUUACUGUGAAUUUUUUUAAGAAACAAAAACUCAGAAUCAUUCAGAGGAAUCUGGAAUGGCGGAGCCAUAUGACUAUUUUUUCAAAAUAUUGCUUUUAGGCAAUUCAGGAGUUGGGAAAACCAGAGUGCUGCGCAGAUUCUGCCCGCCCCUUGGCGUUCCAGCUAUAGGAUUGCAAUGGCUUGGUGAAAAGAUAAUAGAAUUAGAUGGAAAGAAGAUAAAUCUUAAGAUUUGGUCAGCGGGAAUCAGGGACACACCUGGCCAGGAAAGGUUCCAAACUCUUACCAGGGCUUGCUACCGUGGUUCAAUGGGAUUCAUGGUUAUGUAUGAUAUCACGCAGCAUCAAUCAUUUCAAAACUUGAGCCUUUAUAUGGAGUAUAUUCAAGAGCAUGCAGAUCCAGGUUUUGUGAGAAUGUUAAUUGGGACCAAUUGUCACCGAGAAAACAGCCGGGUUGUUCCAAGGGAAGCUGCAUUACAGUUUGCGACAGUGCAUAGAAUCAGAUUCAUGGAAGUUAGUGCUGAGAAAAACAUUAAUAUAGACGAGGCGUUUUACACUCUUACAAGGGACCUCCUUGCAGAAUUGCUACAGAGGCAACAGUUGGAACAGCCACAACUGUCAGCGGGGCCAAAAAUCCAAGACACGCAGCAACCUAAACAGUCCAAAGGUUUCUUCUCUUCCGUAAGAAAGUUUCUAGGAAGACUGGGCAUGAAAAGUGAGCAGACGAAUUCUCAGCCAUUACCACCAUUACCACUAUUACCACCACCAUCACCACCACCAACACCACCAUUACUAUGGGGGUCAGAUGAAUUCAACCUUGUGACACAGGACGCCACUGACAAAGCACCUCCAGAGAUUCUUGCAAGAGGAUCCUUGGCCUUGAGAUUGUACAACAAUGCUCUUAGUGAAGGAAAAACUUGUGUCAAGAGGGUGCCAGUAAUGUUGAUUGGACAGGAUCGAUCAGGAAAGACCAGUUUAAAGAAGUCAUUGAGGGGGCUGGUUUUCAACCCGGAUGAAGACAGCACUGUUGGAAUAGAUGUUGAUCCUUCACAUUUCAAAGUGUCAACUGAGGUGUGGAAAGCGGGGAAGAAGGAUCAACAAUCUUCUGCUGCUGCCAUUUCCUAUGAGCACCAUGCGGCCCAGUUGAUUUUUGGUAGGUUGAUGGGGGAGGAACAAGCACUUGAGGAAAGAGCUACGGAUCCCAUCCUGUUUGAAAGUGUUUCUUCAACCAUGGGUCAUAGUUUUGCUUCCGGCGAAAAUCAAGAGCCUGACGAAAGACGUUUGGAGCCCGUCCAGACUGGAAGUAAUCUUCUGGCUAGGGGAAACUCAUUAGAAUCAAGUCCUGGAUUACCUUCCCAAUUUCCAAAAACUUCAAAUGUCAGUUACCCUGAUUUCGAGCCACCAGACGCAGGCGGAGAUGACGUGCCUAAUCCAAGUGAAUUGUACAAAGAGGACGCGUCAAUCGUACCAGAAGAGAUAGCGACCUUGGUUGAAAGAUUGCUUCACGAGGCAAAGACGGUAGAUGACGACAAAGACGUUUAUUCUGUUUUGUGGGAUUUUGGUGGACAAUCAGUUUACUAUGUCACCCACCCACUCUUUCUUACAUCAAGGGCGAUUUACCUUCUAGUAUAUGAUCUCAGUAGAAACCCACAUGACAAAGCCAAUCCCCUUGUAAGGCAAGGAAUGUUCAAAAAAAUUGAAGACAACUUUAGUCUGAAAACCAAUUUGGACUAUCUCGAUUUUUGGAUGACUUCUGUUGCUUCCCUAGCGUGUCAGAGUGGACAACAACCAGUAAGUUCUAAUUCGGUGGUAAUACCAGCCGCACUUCCUCCUGUGUUCUUGGUGUGUACUCAUUCUGAUGAACCAUAUGGUGGUGAGGAUCCUUGUACAGUAGCCAAUGAGAUCUUUCAUUUUCUACAAAACAAGCCGUACAGUGCCCAUCUAUUCGAGCAUGUCUUUAUUGUGGAUAACACAAAGUCUGGUGGGAAAUCUGAGUGUCCUGAAGUAUCACGUUUGCGGCAGAAUGUGCUUGCCGUUGGAAAGGAUCUACCACAGAUGAAUGAAGCCAUUCCGAUCAAGUGGCUGCAAUUCGAGAAAGCCCUUCAAGUAACGAGGGAACGACACGAAUGGAUUACUCUUGAAAGAGCAAAGGAAAUUGCAUCUAAAGUGUGCAGAAUUGAUGAUGAUCAAGAGAUUGUGACAUUGCUGAACUUUUUGCAUGAUCAGAGGAUUUUGAUUCAUUUUGAUGAUACUCCUGAAUUGAACAAAUUAGUUGUUUUGGAUCCUCAGUGGUUGAUUGAUGUGUUCAAGAAGGUGAUAACUGUCAAGCCAUACGAUCAUGAAGAAAGAGAAUUUAAAGACCUUUGGCAGAAACUUGAGCAAACAGGAAUCCUGGAGGAAAAACUCUUGGAACAUGUUUGGGGUGCUUUGUUGAACCAGGAAGAAACAUCUGAUAGCCUGAUCGCAAUCAUGGAGAAAUUCAGCUUGAUGUGUCUGUGGCCUUCAUCAGACGCUUCAUGUGGCAAGCAGUAUCUAGUGCCAUCCAUGCUAAUGUCGCAUCCACCUCAGGGUAUCAUGAAACUUUUAGAAUCUGCACAAAUCCCCUCUCUUUUUCUGAAAUUUGCAUCUUGUCAAAUUCCCCCCAGCUUUUUUCCACGCCUGGUGCUGCAAUUUUUUCAGUGGUGCAUUGACGAAUUUCCAGGCGCAGUUGACCCCCAAUUGCACCACAACUUUGCCCGGUUUUACAUCUCUCAAGAUGUAUGUUGCUCUGUAGUCCUUCUGUGUCACCCAUCCUCAAUUGAGGUGGUCUUUCUCAGUGAAAAUCACGCUCUUGGUGAAGGUUCACAAUCGAAUUUGAGCCUUGUCGAUGAAAGCCAGCGCACCUUUGAAGUGACUGCGGCCCGUGCUGUGCGUAGGCAAUUAGUAUUGUUGCUUGACUGCAUGAAGAAAGAAUCCUGUUGGUCAAGCAACAUCAGAUAUGAAGUGUGUUUUCUCUGCCCAGCCUGCUCCCGCGGAGGUUCGGUUACUUACUGUCAAACUCAUCGUGCGCAGGGUUGUAGCCAGCAGGAAUGUCUUCACUUCUGGCCCGAGUCAGACUUGUGCAACGUUCCACAAACCGUGACUUGCCGCAAGUCGGCUGAUGCCAUGGAAACCAGGGUUCAAGUGAAACAGUUUGCGCCUUGGUUUAUAAUUCCAAAUAAAAAGCAAAGUACACUUGCGGAGGGGAGACCUGUCUCGAUGGUGAAAGCUCAAGGUUCAACAUCACAACUAUGCGAUUCACAAGACGUCGUAGUUCGACUACAAGAAGAUCUGCAGUUGAAACAGACCUCUUUAGAAAAUCCAGAGCCAGAUUCACAGGGUAUAGAAACAAGUGAGGGACAGGCCCUUGCCGUAUCUUCUUCCGUUGAAGUUGCUCUUUUGUCACAAUCGUGUGAUGCGCAACAGGUCGUGAAUCGACUUCAAGAGGACCUGCAGUUGGACCAAUCCUGUCUGGAACAUCCAGAGCCAGAAACUAAAAGGAUGAUCCGUUGUCUGGCACGAAAAGCUAAAUGUUCAAGUAGGCUUGAUGUAGUUAAACGUUUGAGGGAAGUGACACCAGCUGGGACUACAGGGCCCCUACUUCAUGAAAAUCUGGAUGUUAAGGAUAUUCCUCUUGGGCAGAUUAGAGACCUGUCAGUGCAGUUGUGUGGCGGAGAUGAGUGGAUGAUGGUUGCGGAGAGAUUGGGUUUGAAGCCAUCAGAGAUCCGUUUUCUGGACAAGCGAUCUCGCAACCCGUUCGAGUCUGCACUAAUUCACAGUCGGAAUCAGCAAUAUUGGAACGUUGGACAGCUGUAUGAUGUGUUGGUCGACUGU